AUGGCGACGGACAUGACUUCUGGGUUCAGUAACUGUCAAACACAGGGCGACUUCGCUUCAACAUCCACAGACCAGAUUCUGCCACCGGCGGAGAAGGAGACGGCGUUUUGUGAAUUCUACGAUGAGGUCAAGGCCAUAGAGAAACGAGAUUCAGUCUUAACAUCCAAACAGCAGAUUGACCGUUUGACUCGACCAGGUGCGACUUACUUCAAUCUGAAUCCGUAUGAUGUAUUACAGAUUGAUCCUGACACACCGCUGUCUGAGGUUAAAAAGAAAUACAGACAGAUGUCCAUUUUAGUCCAUCCAGAUAAGAACCAAGAUGAUACUGACAGAGCCCAGAAAUCUUUUGAAGCCAUCAACAAAGCGUACAAGACACUGGAGAAUGAAGAGGGCCUCAAACGAUGCAAGGAGAUAGUGGAGGAAGCAAAAACACGCACAGAUGAAAUGAUCAGACUUAAGAAGAAACAGCUCAAGAAAGAAGGCAAGCCUCAGGAUGUACCUGAAGAUGAUCUUGACAAGUACAAGCAUGCCAUCUAUGUGCAGACGUGCAAGCUUUUUGCUGAUCUAGAGCGCUUGAGGCAGGAAAGAGAAACCAAAGACAUGCAUGAAAGGAAACGUAAAGCUGAAGAAGAGGCUGUAGAGGAAGAGAAGAAAAAGAUGGAAAAAGAAUGGCAAAAGAAUUUUGAAGAGAGCCGCACUGGUCGAGUAGACAGCUGGAGAACCUGGAACAAGAAGCAUGCCAAAAAGAGCUCUAAGGGCAACCUGAAGCCGCCAAAGUUGAAGGCCGAGAAACGAUAG